CUCAAAUAGAUAUUGAACAUGAUAAAGCUGUGGAAGCAAUCAAAAGAUUCAUGUUUUUCGGAAAGCUGUCAAAUAUCGUCUACUGACAAAUCUUCGGCUGACAGAAGUUCAGCUCCUCAUAACAAACUUGAUAAUUUGAGGAUACUUGAGUUAUGAACUUUUUUGGGUUUUUGUUUGUUUGGGUACCAAUAGAUGUCAGCAGGUUCAAGUUUACCUUUUUGGGUAAAAAAAACGAUCGUUUGUGAUUGGCUGGUUUUAAACUCACGUGUUACUCUUACGGCCAGGUCAAUUCAAAUUUUGGUCAACACACAACAAACGGCUUUAGUUAAAUGUCUAAAUCUUUUUUACCUGUUUCUCACCUUGGUUACCUUUUGUUUCCCUUUGUGCUUCCAGUUCAUAAUUUAUUCAUUGAUUGUUUUGCUUCUUUUUUUGGCGGGCCAAUUUUUAUCCACAUUUUUAUUGGUGAUUGUUUCAUUUAAUGUUCAAGGAUUCAGUGUAUCAUCAAUUUUGAAUUAGCAAUCAACAAUCCAAUGAUUAGUGUUUACUAGUGUGACUAGUUGACUUAAGGUGAAAGGGUUUCUUUUCACUUGCUCAACCUUUCUUUCAGCAUUAACAUUUCAAAGUUUACAACGGAUUUUUACUUCUAACAUACAAAUUGUAUUUUUUUGUUCGGAUAUUACAACCAAUUGUGGACUUAAUUUACAAGUUUUUUACAAUUUUAAUGUCUUAUUGGACAAUCCAUCAAUGAACUAUCUAACUGAAUCAAUUGACCAAGGUGACCUGGAAAUUGGUCUACAGUUGUCGAAAAAUUUGGCCACAAAUCGAGAUUCAAAUGCAACUCCAUUAAAUGCCAAUCUUGUUAAUGGAGAUUCUGAUGCUGAUUCGGGAAUUGUUGCCAUUGGACCAACAAGGAUUGGUUCAGCUUCAUCAACUGACACUGAUCCUGAUGUAACCCUGACUUCGGCCUAUGGAAUUAAAUCUUCUUCAAUAUCUUCUUCUUCUUCAUCGAAUCAAGACUCGACCAAUCCAACUCCAAUACCAAUCUCUUUGCACCAAGACAAACGUAAACCAAUUUUUCAACGAGUCCGGUUUGACGAUCAAAGUCCACCAACCCAUUUGGCUCUCCGUAAAUCAUUAAGCCAUCUAUCUACGUCAAUGUAUUCACCAAAAGGUGCAACAACAAUUAACCAAUUAACAAGUGAACCCAAGAUGAGGUUAAAUUCAUCUUCUAAUCAAAACCAGUCAACAGUUUUACCUAAAGAGACUCAUCCUUUGGCUCAUCGUAGACUCACAAUCCCUUCACCUUUACCCUUGAAAACACCUUUAACAACCUCAUUAUCCUCAACACCAUCGCCAUCAUCUUCAUCUUCAAGUUCAGUAACAACUAUCUCUAAACCAAUUGACAGAUCCUGGUCUACAUUACCUCGUAAUAACAAGAUUGGAACCAACAACAAUGCCAAAUGGACAAGUACACUUAAUCAAAAGAAUCGCAACAAUUUCCAAUCAACUUUACCAAAUGGAACCAGAAAAUCAUUUUUAGAUACUAAAAAGCCUGAUCUCAUAGAAUCUCAUUCAGUUAAAUUGUCUCUCAGUUCAUCUUUUAGAUCAUCUCCUGAUUCAACAAAACUAUCUAAAUUAAGUACUUUACCAAAUGGAUUAAAGACGCAAAAAUCAUCCUCAUUAGCACCAACGACACCAGCAAUAAUAAACACAACAACCAAAACAUCAACAGGUUCAACAACUUGCAUGUCAAAAAGUCGAAGUUGUUCAACUUUAAACAAUUCAAAAGACAAAUCAAUCAGUAACACAACUGGAUCAAAUGAACCCAAAAUUACCAAAUUGUGUACAAUCGAUCCUUUGGAGUCUACUGAUUCAAUGGUUUGUGCCUUUGCUUCGGUGGCCAAUGUUGUUAGUGAUGAUGCUUCAUCAAUUGUUAAUGAUAAAGUUUCUGUUGAUAAAGCGGUUGCUGCUGCCGUUGCUGCUGUAAAUUUUGUUACAAAUAAUCAAGUUAAUUUAUCUUCACCGGCAACCAAAUCAGUUAAUCGUCCAUCUCAUUCAAUGACGCCAAUUAAUAACAAUGCUAAUGGUCACUUGUAUAGCAACCAGUCUAUUGAGUAUUCACCUCAAUUUAAUAGCAAUCAACACUUUCAACGAAUCAAUUUAAGUCAAAAUAGUAAAAAAAUUGAAUUCCAUGAAAUGGAAGACGAUAUUAAAGAGAAUGAUAAUCUUGAUCAUCAAUAUGAAGCGAUAUUUCCUUGUGGGAAAAGCUCAACCUCUAAUGAACCAGAAUCUGGUUUAACUGGAAGCUCAUCAGCAACGGCGCCUUUGCUUCCUUUGGAGUCGCUGGUUCAAUCCAAAGCUUUAAUCGGUAAUUCAGUUGAAAGGAAAUCAAACCAAUUAUCAGUUAAUUCCAAUGAGAGUGAACCAUCAAAUGGUCAACGAAGCAUUGAAAGUCAGGAUGGCAACAUUGCUCAACAUCACUUUCCUCAGUAUCAACCUCAUCAUUCUCAUAGCCAACACCAUCAUCAUCAUUUUCAUCAUAAUCUUGAGAAAACUCAUGCCAAUAGUAACAUCAAUGAUGAAACUGUUAACCCGAUCUCAACCGGAAUCCAUUACAGGUCAAUACUUAAGCGUAGUUCAACAAGUUCACCAAAUUGGCCUUUACAAUCAAUUCAUUUUGGUGGAGAGGAAGAUGGUAAAGUUAGAAAGCAAGUUGAAGAUUCUGUUAAUGAUGAAGGAAUGAAGGAUAAUCAGAGGAAAUUGGAAUUGGCAGAUAAUAAUGAACAGUAUUUAGGUGAAGGUGAAGGUGAAGCUGUUGCAAAAGAAGAAGAUGAAGAGGUUGGAAGAAGACAAGAAGAGGGAAAACAAGGAAAAGAAAAGGAUGAAGAUAAAUUUGUACAAAAACAAGACAAAACCAUGCCAAUGGCCUUACAGAUUAAUGGUCCGUACUUCAUCUCAUCAGGCUCACCAUCUUCACCAUCAACUCACCUAAUCUCUUCCUCUUCAAGCCAAUCAAUGAACCAACAAAAUCAACAACUCAAACAAAUCAAUGUUGCACCAAAAAUGAUGGCCACUUAUUCAUCUUGCAACGGUAUUUUAUCAUCAACCAACAAACCAAUGGAUGAUCCAUGUGAAGCUGCUUACCUGCAACCCGAUCAAAUCUAUCCUUUACCUUCAUCCAAGUCAAAGCCAACAAUGGCACCAACAAGCGUAACAAUGUUGCUCAAGAUUAAAGAUGAAGAGCAAAAAAAUGAAUCACAGGAAACUUGUCAAGUUGAAUAUGCAACAAUUAGCAAAUCAGUGACAAAAAAGCAAGAUUCACAUGAAGCUAACCGUCCUAAUCAUCUUAAUCAUUCAUAUCUUCAUCAUGCUCCACACCAUUUACCUCACCAUUCAACUCAAAAUUCAACUUUCCCUCAACAAUCGCCAACACCAGUUCAUUAUAAAUUCAAUGAACAGGCAAGGUCAAUGAUUGAAGGUAAACAGUUGUCAUCGCCUGGUAACAAUUCAAUCGUCAAAGUGACUCGAUUUGCUAUGGAUGUUAACGAUGGAGUGAAUCAGGCAAAUUGUGCAGCACAACCAGUUCAGGCCACAGUCCAAGGAGCUUCAAAUAAAUGGUUAUCCAAACGGAUUGGUGGCUUAAGGAAAGCUUUAUCUCGAGCUUUUAGCACUGAUAAAAUACCCAAAGAUCAUCAUCUGAGCAAUAAUCAAUCGACAGCCAAUUCAUCACUUUUAGCUUCGUCUUUAACAGCUUCAGCCAAUUUGAAAAGCUCACUGGCGGUUGCGAGUGUAAACCAUAUUUCAUCGUCCAAAUCAACGCCAAAUCUUAAUUCUAAACUUGAGUCGACCGAUUCUUUGCAAAAGAAUCAUUCAACUGAAGAUUUAUCUAUUGAUUUAAAAUCAUUUGUUAAAACGGUUAAAAAUCGUAUGAGCUUCAGAAAAACAAAGGGAAAAAGCAAAUCAAUAGACAAAGACAAUUCAAUUAAUCAAAUUGAAAAACAAGAUGAAAGUAAAACCAAAUGGAACAACGUUAAUGCCAAAAAAAAUUACAAUCAAGAAUCUAAUCAACUAUGGGGUGAAUUGAUUGAAUUAAAAGCUGAUGGUUCACAGGUAAUUGAAUUGAAUCGACCACAAAGUAAACCAUUUGGCUUUUUCUUGGCUAGAGGAACAGUUAAUAAUGUUAAAGGUGUUUUUGUGUCUCGGAUGCGAGAUGAGCAAACACAAACCAUAUUAACUGGAUUACUUGAGAUUGGCGAUGAAAUCGUUGCUAUUGAUGGAUUAGAUGUUAAAAGUCAUAAUAUUGCCCAAGUUAAUCAGUUGAUGUCCAUUAAAAGGAAGAUUAAAUUAACUGUGAGACCUUAUGUAAAUCAAAAUCAUUAAGGAAUUACAAUGAUGGACUGAAUCGAGACUGCACAAACCAUUAUCACAAUCAUCUUCACAAAUCAACUUUUUUUUCAUUGAAGCCUUAUUUUUCAAUAUUUCAUUUUUACUGAUCAUCAAUUAUUUGAAUUAUCUAAUUAAUCUUAUUGACUUUUUGAAAAUACACCAUUAAACUCACGAUAAGUUAAUUGCACUUGGAUGCACUAUUUUUGAGUUAAAAUUAUAUGUACAAUCUUGAUAAAAUAAAUCAUUUUAUGUGAAACUAAA